GAUCUUUGGCUUUCCAUUGCCAUCAAAACCGACAUCGUAUAGAUUUCGGGGCCAUUUGCGUUUCUCGGAGAGGGAGACGAACGUGAGAGAAGAGAACGGGAAGGAGAGCAAAGAUGAUGUCCGGCGGGAACUACACGAACAUCGAUAGCCAGAAAGUCUCUGGAUCUGUUCCUGCUGUUCCAGAUCCAGGUCAUGUCUCCGUCAAAUUCACAGAAUCUAAUCUUCAGACAUUUCCCCCAUCCGCAACUCAGGGCAAGAUCUCCGGAGGUUCUAAUCCUCCUCGAGAUGCUGACGAUACAUUUUCUAGGCCUGUGAAUGGUACAGAUGAGCCCCAGCCUGGUGGUUGGCUCCAUAAAUUCACAAUCGGUGCUUACAAGCCAUACUUUGAUGUUGACACCUCGGAUGUAUUAGAGAGACUCAGAGAAUCGCUAUUUCCGUUCAGAGGAACAUUUACAGAAAAGACAGCGAACAGCCCUGACCUGUACGGUCCGUUCUGGAUAUGCACAACCUUGAUAUUUGUAGCAGCAUCCAUCGGGACAUUCGUCACAUACAUAGCACACAAGUGGAAGAAACAAGAAUGGGACUAUGACAUUAAUCUGGUGACUUGGUCAGCUGGAGUGUUCUAUGGCUAUGUCACCAUCGUUCCUCUCGCAUUGUACGUCGUUCUCAAGUACUUCUCCGCACCGUCAGGCCUUGUCCAACUGUUCUGUCUCUAUGGCUACUCCUUAUUCGUCUUUAUUCCCGCAUUGUGUCUAUCCAUCGUGCCGUUGGAGAUAUUCAGAUGGGUGAUAGCAGGUGUAGCGGGAUUCAUGUCGGCGACAUUCGUGGCGCUGAAUCUGAAAGCGCACAUCAAUUCGGCGGGGGAGAGAUGGUUCCUGAUCGUCGCCAGUAUCUUUCUCCUUCAGCUGGCGCUUGCGGUGGUGUUGAAGCUGUAUCUGUUCACCGUCACAGUAUGAUGAACAACACCUCAAAAGAGGAAUGCCCUUUUUUGCAGAGAGAGGUAUGAUUCUGAAUUUGUCGAUCCAAGGUUUGUCUGUUCCCAUUUUUUGUACUCUCUCUGAAACUCCUGGUUCCAAAAAUGCAAGAACAAGACAAAUUAUACAAUUGUUAUGGAGAUAUAUAUACGCUCAGUUGACUUUGUUGUAGAAACAGUAAAAUAAAAAUCGAUUUGUGUUUUCUUUCA